CCGAACUCCGCUCGUCUCCGAAUUUUUGCCACCGCUUCGGAGCGUAUACGCGGCUGCCUCCCCGACGUCACCGGAUAACAGAGUCGUUACUAUCCACCUUACUAUCUACCAGCACCGUACCUCGACGAGAUCUCCGAGCCAAGAGUACACUCUUUCUCUCGCGACCGUGCGAGGUAGUUAUCGAGAUAUAUCGUUCACGGAAACGUGUGAAGAGAGGAUCGUCGUCGACGACGACGAGCACGACGCACACUCGCACGAGUCACACGGUAGAAAAACGGGCCACACACACACACAUCUAUGCACACGCAGGAGGAGAGGCGCGCGCGCGCGCGAGAGGGCACCCUCCCGGCGCAACCCGGAGUCCGCUCUCUCCUACGGCUUUCUUCCCCGCUGCUGUGCACCCCUCCCUGUCACGCUCGCUCGGCCGCGGUCUGAGCGACACCGGGGACGACACGCUCCUGCUCGUCCUUCGACUCCCGGAGAUUUGGCAAAAAAUGGGUCAGCAACGAUCCUCGUCCGCGGCUCGCGCCAUCUUCCCUGUCAAUUGUACCAGCCCGUCGUCGUUGUCGUCCGCGGCAGCCGUUUCUCCCCGAUCUUCCUCUCGUAAUGCGCCUCCACCCGUUCUCCCCUGCUCGUCCUCCCUCGCGCGUCCCGCACUCUCUCCUGUCCCGUCCUCGGAAUGAGCGGUCUCACAGCGCGGAAUCUCUCUCGUCCAGAACUUGGCACGAGUGAGGUGUCCCCGAGGUAAACGGGAGGGAGAAUGCACAACAACACCACUACCACGGUAUGUCCCUCUGUCUCUCUCUCGGAGUCGAGCCGCGGCUCCGACGACGAUCAGUCAAACGACACGACGACUGCUCGUUCGUUCCCGUCACUCCUCGUCUCCGCGGUUGCCCUCGUGAUGCUCGCGGAAUGAGCGAGGGGCAGCGGGACACUUGACAGAGAGAUGAGUGAGUGAGAGUGAGUGUGAGAAAGAGAGAGACAGAGAAGGACGUUUCGUCGGGCGAGGAAGUUAUAUCCGCGACGCGCACCUCGUUUCUCGCGGCCCGGCGCCGAUCGCGCACAAGUGGACGUAUCGUUCGCCCUCGCGAUGUCGUUUCGACGUCGCGUCGCGGUUGGCACACCGCGGCACGCUCUCUCCCAGGUGCACGGUAAUCGGCGGAGGCUCUCGACGCGUCGUCGGCGACGAACGACGGCGAUGACGUCGGAGACGACGGCCGAUGGGUACAACCGUGCCUAAAGAUGGCGACGCGACUCCUCCUCCGCUCGCUCGCUCGUUCGUUCGGGGCUUUCGCGCGAGUGCGAAAGUGACGAGGUGCCGCACCAGAAGGCGAGAGAGAACUACUGUGCGCCGCGGGUCAGCUGUUGCUUCCUCGCGCCGCCGAGAGAUGUAGCGUCGCGCGAAACGCGAGCCCGGCCGACAGGUGCCGCCGCCGCACCACGCGUCCGGAACUAAGCCGCGGUCGAGCAGCACCGAGCGCGACCGUUUCUCGGAGCGUCCCAACGUCGAUCGAAGGCUCGGACGGCGCUAAUUUCGACGGAUUCUUGCCGAAUAGCUGCUUGCACCUUUCAUACCGUCUGCUGCGAUACGUGGAUAUACGUAGCAACCGAGGCUUUUGUAGUAGCUUUGAAGAGUUGGAGAAACAUAAGAUGGCAAUACCGUGCGGAAAACCGCGCGAAAAAUACCGAUGACACACAUACGUUCCACGACCAUCGAAGACCCCAUUGACGUAACAUGUUUCACGAACAGGAUGGCGUGUUUUACAAGAGUCAAAUGUUCUCAAAAAAGUGCCCUACGAAGGGAAACCAAAGUCACCACGCCACAGAAGAAGGUAGUAGAAGAGGAGAAGGUGGUACAGGAAGUCGAUGAGGACUCGAAAACAUCUGAAAAUGGAGAUACAAAAGAAACCAAAGAGAAUGGCUCCAGCGAGGAAAAGGAAAGCGAUGAGAAGGAAGCAGAAUCUACAGAAAAUGGAGACUCCACAGAUGCCCCCGUCGACAGCUGUUGCGUAAAGAGGAAAUCUACGGCUGCGGCUGACGCAACAGAGGAAGCAACGGACGGCGCGAGCCCCGAGAAGAAGUCGAGACUCGAGGAGAAGUGCGCCGAAACCGAGAACAACGGGGACGCGGAGGAGGCCACGGCCUAAUAUUCUCUCACGUUUAUUACUGACAGACCUAAUCCAUAGACGCAAUUUUAACCGAGUGUGAAGCCAGAGCAGGUCCGAUCGUCUGUGCAUUUUCAGGAAGGGUGACAAGCAUUCGAAAAACAGAAAAAAGAUAGAAUAAAAGGAACACUUGACGUUUAUUGCAUUAAGGAUUUUCUGUGUUCAGGAUGACUGUGUGUGUCUCUCCUCUUGCAGUAUUUUUUGUAAGAGUUCAACAAUUGGAUAACAGCGUAAUAAUAGCACGUGUCCGACACUUAAAAUUGCGAUUACGUAUUUGACCGUGAUGUGUAAAGCGUAAACAAACAAAGCCGUGUUCUCUGUGCUGGCAUCCACGCGUAUAUAUAUUAUAUAUUCAUUUAGCGUUAGAACCCUAAAGUAUAAGGAGGUAUACCCGAUAACGUUAGAAAUAAUAUAUUUCUAUAAUUAUUCUCCAUCAUCAGGACAGACGAUGGUGCGGUGUCUGGAAAAUGGGUACAGUUGUGCAACAAAUAUUUCCACCUACCACUAGUCCUCAUUGUUUCCGACUUGCACAGAUACACGUGUAGCUUAUGUAGACACAUACACACUUUGGACUCUAUAUACAUCGGAGAUAGAAUAUGAAUAUUUUUCUGUGAAUCAAAGUACAUUCCCGAAAAUAUAGAUCGCGAUUUGUAAUGUGCGACCAUUCGCCGACGUCGUUGAGAAAUUGAAGAAAGCGCCAUUUCUAUCGUUAACUCGAAAACAUGCUUGUUCUGAUGACGUAUUAUUUAUGAAGGAUGUAACUUCUGCAAUAGAAAGAAAAAAAAUAUGAAAAUGUUUAUUUAGACUUUAGGUAAAUUAUAUGCGCGUUAAAAUCUCUACUAACACAUGUGAUGUGUUUUUGCAAAAAUAACUUGUCUUUAAGGGGUAUUAAAAACACGUUUCCAAGAAGUUUGUUAAUUUAGAAAUGGAUAUAUUAUACUAUCAGGCUCGCUGUCGUGACUUUUAGAAAUCGAAGUACCUAUUUCCAAAUUCUUUUUAUUUUUUAUCGUGCGAGGCGCAGUUUAUAUAAUACGUGUAACUUGUCUUACCUCGGUAUAUUCACACAUUGUACCUAUAUAUGUAUAGAAACGCUGACGAGUAAAGAAAGUUUGAUUUGAAUUUUUGCUAACAUUGCAUAAAAGUAAGGAAAUGACGAUCGUCCGAUAAAGGAAGCAACAGUUGACAUGAUUGAUUUUACAUAUUCCCAAAGUGAUUACGUUCUGGAAAUUAAUUCGUGUGACGUGAUUAAUACAGAUUUAACUACUAAUUUUUGGAUGUUACAUAUGAAACUAAUGAUUGUCAGAUGUAUCAUCAGUUUGCCUUCUUUUUAGUUGCGUUUCUAACGCAUGAACUGCAAGAGCUCGAAUAUUUUAUUUAUCGCGAAAGUAUCUCAAUAGUAGUUCGUAUAAUUUUCAAUAUCAUUAUUUUUUGCUUUACAUGUAAUGAAUAUAACUAUCGAUCAGUGAGGGUAAUAACAUGUAUGUUUAAGAUUUAAAAUGGUAAAAUGUGUUCAACAGCAAAUACAAAUAAAGAUGGUUCUCUAUAUAUA